GUGUAGACGUGUAUACGAGUGGAUUAUGCUGUUAUUGUCAUGGAGCUAACUAACCUAGGCAACUGGCGCUACUGGAAGAUGAUCACCCUGCGGCUGGAAUCCGUUUUCGUCGGCAAUGUAUCUACAAAGCGUAUGAGGAAAACCAAAACACAGUUAGUUAGUCGUGGUUUGCGGAUCUCGUGUCUGAAACACGAUAGGAUGGUCGGACAUGUUCAUGAGCACAUGCGGCGUACCUGAGCGUGUAGAUUUGACCGUCUGGAGCAGUGUAUUGAAACGAACCAGUUUGGACCGAAACAGGGACCUCUUCUUCACCGAGCUGACGCCCCGUUUCGUCCGUCUUUGGGACUCGCACUCGCUUGAUGGUGCCCUGAUCCUCGACCUUGAUGCCGUUACCGGUCUCGAAGCUGCAAUAGAAACACUGUUGACUAUCUAUCUACUAGUUGUGGAUUGUAUAUUUUUUCACUAACGCAUAGCUGAAGCUGCCAUCCGGUUGAAUAUCGGAUGUUUGAUGGACAAUUGGCGUGUCGGCAUCGGCGGUGCGCCCCUGGGGUGCUGCUUGGGUAAAAGCUAGCACCACAACAAGAACAGCAAUGAUCAUCUUCAUAUUUCGUUUAUUGAGGUUCUAAACUACUUUUAUGGCACGAAUGUUUCUUAGAUAACACAAACGGUACACUGCGACUUUGGAUCGGUUUUGGUAAGCUUUAUAUAUGGCGGGUGCGUCUGUACACUUGUCUAUCGAUCAAGCCAGAAGUCACAAAAAAUCCUAGACAGUGAAGAUUCACCCGGUUUACUACAGCCGGUAGGUACCUACGAUAAUAGUAAGGUGGAAUUUGCGGUAUUUGUUUGGAUUUUCGUCAUUCAGUUCACACAUAUUAAGUAAGCAUCUUUUCUGUUUGUCUCCGGUUUCACUAAACUUCAUCCCGCCACCGGGUUGAUGGUUGACGGCGACCGGUGGCAUGUCAAUAAAGCGUGGCGGUGCUGGCAGUGGUUUGAGAAAAGCGACCAGACCGUACCAGCUGAGGACAGGUCAGCGUUAUUGGUACAUGUACCAGUACGACGCAAUAUUUCGUAUUAUGUGAUAGGGUGGUGUUGAUAAAACCUAAUUUGCCGUUGCGGAUACACUGUCAUUACAGAACUAAAAUAAUAAUUUUUUAACAUUAUUGUCUCUAUAAGAUAUUCCACACUUUCGGGGAAUUUCUGCUCAUGAAAGCGUUUCCAUGAAAUUGAAUCUCAUUCGGAACAACCCACCUAGGGAUACGCAGAUGUCAACGUACAAACACAAACCGGGCGGCCUCCACAUUUUGCUGCGCAUCUCCUGCGCUGCUGUUGAGCGCGCGCUCGAAAAUACGAUAAGGAAAUCUCCGAUACAAGCUGGUGACUUAAUUUUGCUUAUGCAUCUCAAUUAGCUGCAUCCAUGCAUGGAAUGAUCGAAUGAAGCGCGGCUUACCAGGUGGUAAUUAGCAUAGGAAAACUUUACGAAUCGGUUUGCACGAGGUUGUAUAUUUUUGGAAAUUUGACAUUUGGGACUGCCUGAGAUCACGCUAUGGGAGCUGCGCUGGUGCAGCAAGAUUGCGCAAAGUCUGUCGACAAGCAGCAAGGCGCUAUUGGGCCACGGGCAUUCAAUAGCCUAUAGCCGAGGGAUAGCUAAAAAAACGAAACGAAAAUCGCGACUAAUUGGGUGGGAGAGUUUAACGAGUAAUCAUACAGAAAUCUUUUGCUGUGCUGUGCUCGCGAUCGGAAUGUUUUCAACGGGCCCUAGUACUAGCGAUGAAUUUGCAAUGGCUGCGAUGGCGAAAAAUCUCGGCCUGGUAAUCAAAUAGAACUCACGAAGGAGCUGCCAUUUGUCCGGAGCCCUUCGGAAUUGAAAUUUUUCUGGGCAUGGACUUCGUAGAACUCCCUUUAUGUGGCUCGUUGUUGCAUGCCGGUUAGAUAUAAAUAUGAAUUAGGACCAUUGUGGGGUGCAGUUUAGAGUUGAGUUUUUUACCGUUCGGUACUAAAUUGCUGCGAAGAGGGUAAUUGAUAUUGGAAGAAAGGUUCGAUACUGAAGAGGAAGUAAAUGUUAAAGUGAAAGGGAAUUUAAUGAUGAAAGUGCUAGUGCUGCUGGGAAUGAUAUUGGUCGUUAGUGGCCAAACGAGACCUACGCCAAAGUUCAAAGAUAUUCCAAUAGUUGCGCAUGAAAAUGUUUUAGAAGUAGACGGAAAAUUUCGAUACAGUUACGAAGGUGGUGAUGGAACUCGUGCCGUCCAGGAUGGCCAACAGAUUUUUGUGAACAACCAAGCGGGUACUGCUUCGCACGGACAGUACACCUAUCAGGGUGAUGAUGGAAAGACCUACAGUGUGUCGUACACAGCAGAUGAAAACGGAUAUCGCCCUUCAGCGGAACAUCUUCCAACACCACCUCCCGUGCCGGCACCGAUAGCCAGGGCGUUGGCGUAUCUUGCUACGUUACCACCGCAAAAGCAAGAGAACAUAAGAAAAUUCUAAACAGAAAGUGGCUAAGUUAGGUUUGAAAUUUUCUUAUUGAAGAAUUUGUCAACAAAUUUAUACACAAAAUUUGGUUCUGCGAUGUUUGGUUCAUAUGUUUUGAUCUAUAAAAAUUUGUCAUGCUCGAGAAAAUAGAAAUCGAACCUUUACAAAAACAAAAAAAGUGAUUGGAGCGGUCUCAAGCAUAACAUCUAAAAACUAAUGACUAGGAAUACAUUCAACACUUUUGUCAAAUUCUGCUAUUUUUCAUUAUUUCUUGAAUAUUAUCCUCACCAUUUGUUUUUCAUUUGUCAAGACAAGUUUGCAUUUGAUUAGAUAUUGUGAGAUUUUGAUUGAUUUCACAAAAUUUUAUCAACGUCUAAAUACUGCGGAUGAAACUUCUGUUUGGUAAGUAGAGAGUAAGUGAGUGAAUUUCUGUUUAGUAAAGUAAAAUUGUAAAAUUAUAAAACGUAAAUCAGACUAUAUUAUAUUGCCUUUUCUCUCCUUUUUUAUCACAUUCUGGUGGAAUUUACAUUUUUUUUAAGCGAAUUUUAUUCAGUUUUGAUAUUUUUCUAUCAGUCAUAUAUGUGCAGAACAGCUCUAGCUUUCUAGCUUACCUAAUUUUCAGUAGUAAAAAAUCACAGGUACGUUUUUAAGUAUUGCUAGGGGGAAAAUCACACUCUAAAUAUUUUUGUAUCUA